AUGGCUGAAUGUUUUGAAGUUUUCCAAGAUCAGCUUUUACAAUUUUCAAAACAAACCAAUCAAAAUGAAAUCGACUUCAGAAGGACUAGCCUAAUCUACUCAUUUCAAGACUUUGCCAAUUCAGUAAAUAAAAUCUCUGAACUUCGUCCUCGUCAUGUUCAAGCCCUUGCUACGUUUGUAGGUUUCAAUUCAAUAGAUCCUACAUUAUUUUCCUAUUAUGGGCUUGACUUCUUUGAUUCCAUCAUUCGAUUGCAAAUAAUCACGUCCCCAAGAAUCAUAAACCCACUUCAAGAUAUUGCAUGGACAAUUGCUAAUCAUACAAUUGCAAAGGACUUGCAGAAUGAGUUAAAUAAUGCAAUUGGUUAUCUCCAAUCCAAAGACGACUCUCACCCAUUAGCAAUUUUAAGAGCACAAAAUAUAAAAAAAGGAAAAAACUCUCUUGAUAUAUAUAAGAGUGUAAUUUCUUUUUAUAUCCCAUAUCUUAUACACAAUUUCCACGAAAAUGACUUAAUCCUCCUCUGUUAGCAUACAAAUUUGUUUUUCCUGCUUUCAGAGAGUUACUUUUAUUUUUAUAUAUCUAAAAUUUCUUUUUUAGAAUUUUGUUUAAAAUACGAAAAAAAUCAAUUGCAAUUUAAUUUAGUAAUCUAUAUAUUUUUAUGCUUUAGAAUUCAAACUAUGUAAAUUCAGUUUAUUAACUAGAGAGAUCUCAUCUAAUAACUGCUAAUAUAUAAAAUUUUUUGCCUGCUUAAGAAGGAUUAUAAUCUCAAACGGUUUUGCUUCUCAUUGAGGGACUGAAGUUAGCAGAAUGCUUUCAGAAUUUUGAUAUAUAUAUCAAUUUCCUUGAAACUGAAAUAGAAAAAUAUCAUGCAGUUUUAGGAUCCGCAACUAUGGACAGCAUAUUUGAACAAAUAAUGUUUAAAAAAGUGCAAUUAAAAAGAAAUGCAUUUCAUCAAACCCUUUGAUUUCUUUUGAGUUUGUUGACUUUAUAUGAAAGAGCAAAGAGAUUUAAUACACACACGAUGAUAUUAAUUGAUAUGAUUGAAAGAAUUUUCGGAGAUUUUAUGACAAUUUUUGAUCAUUUUAUAAGGAUUAAGCCUAAAUCCAAGUAUUUUGCUGAAGGAAUGGCUAUAAUUGGAGAAGCAGCAUGCAUGAAAGGCUUACUAAAAUUUCCCCUUGUUUACUCGCCAUAUAGAAGAAUGCAAAUUUUUCUCCCAUUAGCAACAAUCUCGGCAAUGACUUUUCCAAAUACUUUUUACAAUGUUUUUGUACAUUCUGUGACAUAUUGCGAUAAUGAAUUUUCAUGUGGUGGAAAAAUUAUUGGUCUAAUGCCACAGUUAGUAUCAUUUCCUGAUAUAGUGACGGCUUUUUGAAAUACUGCAGAACCUAUUAAUGAAAAAAGUAAGUAUGAAAAAUAUAUUGCUUUAUUUAAGAAAUUUAUGGAAAGGUUUCAAAAACAGCAAGUUUUAAUGUAA